GCCAUCACCUCAGAGCACAGCCACAAGUCCUACCGACCCCUCACUGUCAUCACAUUCCGACUCAAUUAUCUGCUCAAUGGUCUCCAGCCGUACGGCUAUCAUAUCGUCAAUGUUUUCCUCCAUUUAAUUGUCACUCAACUAUACUUCAGGUUUUGUCUCAAGUUUGUUAACUCACGAAGAAUAGCAUUAAUCGCUUCCACACUCUUUGCCGUUCAUCCCCUCAAAACUGAAGCCGUGACAGGAGUGGUGGGUCGCGCGGAACUGCUGUCCACCAUAUUCUUCCUCAUCUCAUUGAUGUCGUAUAUGAACGCGAAGUACUUCCCAUUCAUUAUUGGUGUCAUUUGUGCGAUACUUAGCAAAGAGCAGGGAUUGACUGUAUUAGCCGUUUGUGUCACUUAUGAAGUGUCCAAAUGUUUCGGUCGCUCGCGAAAUAUCAAGAAGUCUUCGCUCUCAUGUCUUCUAUUGAUUAUAUUUGGCUCAAUAUUAGUGAUACUAAGGCUCAGCAUAAUGGGUGGUAAACACCAACUGCCGGUGUUCACCAAGUUCGACAACCCGGCCUCCUUUGAGCCCUACCCCACCCGACAACUCACUUACAACUUCUUACUCCCAUUGAAUGCAUUAUUGCUCUUAUUUCCAUACAAUCUGUGCUGCGAUUGGACCAUGAGAUCCAUUGGUCUCAUCCACGACAUCGACGAUCCCAGAAAUGUGUGGACUCUUGUAUUCUAUGCAACACUUAUAGCGCUAGUCAUCAGAUCUCUUGUCGAUCUGUUUCGCUACCGAAGCAAUCGAUUACUUAUAAUACUGUCGUUAAUAGUCUUUCCAUUCAUUCCGGCGUCUAAUCUGUUCUUUUCGGUCGGCUUUGUGAUCGCCGAACGAACUCUUUAUAUCCCGAGCACCGGCUUCUCACUACUGGUGGCCAUCGGUUGGACUGCAAUUGAGGAUCGCUUCCCAAACAGACCUAAACUCAAAGAGUGUCUUCUAAUUAUGUUUUGUGUGACAAUCGGUUUGUUUUGUCUGAAGACUCAGAUUAGGAAUAAUGACUGGAAGGACGAGUUGUCACUGUUCUCGUCGGCCAUUAAAGUGAAUCCAAAUAACGCCAAACUGUACAAUAAUGUGGGCCACCAUUACGAGCGCCACAAAGAGUUUGACAGAGCGUUGCAGUACUUCCAGAAGGCGUCUGAACUGCAGAGCGACGACUUGGGCUCUCAUAUCAAUAUCGCGCGAACUCUCAUCAAUUUGGGCCAACACUCCAAAGCCGAGCAAAUGCUUUGGAAACUUAAGCCUAAAGUGAAACUCUCGGCCAUUAAUAACCGAAUUAUUCCCAAUUAUCUCAAUCUGUGGAUCAAUUUGGCGAACAUUAUCGUCAAGAAUGAGACGAGACUUCCGGAGGCGGAAAAUUUAUACAAAGAGCUGAUAGGAAUGCGUUCGGACUUCGUUGAGGCCUAUAUUAAUUUGGGAGACAUUCUCAUCCGUCAGUCCAAACUGACCGAAGCGGUCGAUAUCUACCGCAGAGGCCUGUCGUUGGCACAAAUCGACAGGAGAGCCGACCUGUACUUCAAUUUAGGUGUCGUUCACUCAAUGCUUCUGAGGGCCUCGAGUCCGGUGAACAAUAUCAACGAAAAGGUGUUAUUAAUCGCUGAAUACUUCAUGAAUUCAACGCUAUUUAACGGCAAUCAUAAGGAAUCGAUCGUCAAUUUGGCGAUUCUUUUGCAACAAUACGAACCCAUUCUGAGUCCAUACAGAGACUCAUUGAUCCACAAAAUGAAGAGCUAUACCGGUGUCGACCCGGAGAUGGUUUACUUCAACUUAGCUCUACUGCUGUCCGACUCGGGCGACAACCGGUCGGCCAUUCAUUACCUCAAGCAAGCGAUUGAAUUAAGAAACGACUUCCGGAGCGCUUUAUUCAAUUUAGCGCUCAUUUUGAUCGAUAGACACGACUAUAUGGAAGCCCAACACUAUUUGAAUCAAUUGAUACACUAUUAUCCAAAUCACACCAAAAGUCUUCUACUCAUUGGAAACCUUUAUGUCAAUCAUUUGAAUGAUUUACAAAACGCAGAGAAAAGUUAUUUAAAAGUUUUGAAAUAUAAUGAGUCAGAUAUGGAAGCGUUACAUAACUUAUGUGUUGUUUAUCACAAACAAAACAAGACUAAUGAGACCAACGAGUGCUUCCAGAAGUUCAAUGCGAAACAAACUGUCAUAUCAGGUGACACCACGUGAUUGACAAGUGGAGGAAUGGCAACAAAUGAUGAUUUUAUUUAUAAAAGUAGAUAAUUUUAUAUUUGAAAAACACGUCUAAAAUAUGUUCAAUCGUGACAUCAAUAUAUCUCCAAAACAAUUCAGUUAUAAUACAUUAGUAAUGUUGUGAUUAUAAUGUCACUAUUCACCGCCUCCCCCAUCGCCGCCACCACCACCUCCCCCAUCGCCACCGCCAUCACCUCCACCGCCGUCCCCACCAUCUCCGCCGUGGUGACCACCGUUUCCCCCGUCACCACCCGUUAUGUUAUCAGCGAAAGUUACGGCCCAAUCAAAGUCCCCGGUGUCUGAAUAGUCGCCAUCGUGUCCAUCAUUAUCAUGAAAACCCCUGCCGGAGUGUCCCUUUCGGAAGUGUGUGGGAACGGGAGGUGCGGUUAUUGUGGGCACAAAACACACGUUCAUACAGAAUACACAUCCAAAACAAGCGCACGGGUCGGGAGCAGAUGUGCUGUGGGGACAGGGAUUGCGUUAGAGUUGUGUUCAAUUAGUCUUUCAUCGCAUUAAUCGUCAAUUUAUUUCAUAUCAAGUGAUAUAUACUUAGGUCUGAGCCCUAAAGCAGCCAACUCUUCCUCUUCAGACAAUUUGGGUUUGUUUUGACAACUCGUGGGCUGACUAUCAAUGACCACCUCUUGAC